GAGAGGAAGACAGGAAGGGAGUGAGAAAAGAAGAGGAAGAAGAAAGGUUUGCGUGGCCAAAUGGAGCUGUUUGCUGCACAACCAGAUCUGUCACUUCAGAUCAGUCCCCCCAGUGCCACACCAUCGGGCAGGAGAAAGCAUGAUGAGAACAUGGAAUUAGGGUUUUGGAGAAGGGCUCUUGACUCCACUUCCACAACCAGCUACAGCAUGAUCACCACUGCCGACGCCGACGCCGAGGCCGACGCCGACCCCGCCGCCUCCGGGUUCUCCUUCCACCACCACCAAGACCAGAGCUCGAUGGAGCCCAUACCGGGCAUCCCGGUCUACCGACACGCGCCUUCCCUCGCUUUGGUCGCCCCACAGCGGCAGCACCACCACCUGUGCGGCUGUUCUUCUUCCACCCACAGCUUCACGACCUUCGCUGCAAGCCAAGGCUUGUCGAGGUCGAGGUUCCCGGCCAAGCGGAUCACGAGGGCGCCGAGGAUGCGGUGGACUACCACACUCCAUGACCGAUUCGUCCGUGCCGUGGAGCUGUUAGGAGGCCAUGAGAGGGCUACACCCAAGUCAGUUCUAGAGCUCAUGGAUGUCAAAGAUCUCACCUUGGCCCAUGUGAAAUCUCACUUGCAGAUGUAUCGAACUGUCAAGAACACGGAUAAACCAGCAGUUCCUUCAGGCCAGUGUGAUGGGUUCGAGAAUGGUUCGUCGGGAGAUCAUUCUGAGGAAACUUUGACAGGUAUUCAGAGUCUCCAUAGAUCGGAAUCCUCAGGCGCUGCACAUUGUCGUGUCGAUCAUGCUGGUGUGUGGAGCAAUACCUCAAGAAAAGGCUGUUACCAUGGCAUAGCAAGUGAUUCAACUUCAGGGAGAAUGCAAUCGAAUGUGGAUAUGCAGCCAAAAAGCUCUGAAAUGUUCUCCAUAUCGAACUCAUCAAGCCCGAAUAAGCCGAAUCUUGAGAUCACCCUUGGCAGACCAUAUUGACAUGAGCUUUCCUUUGCAAGAUCACUUUAUUCGACUACAAAAAGAAACAGUGCCUGCCCCCCACAGAGGUCACGCAAGAAAUUGCCAAGAGCAAAAGGUCAAGGAGAGAGCUCAGGCAACAGAGAAUAAAGUGAGAUUAUGCAUUCAUCUCUCUGUAAGCGUACCUAAGAUUGUGUUCUUAGAUGAUAUGCACAUGUAUAUGGAUCUGGUGUUUCACUGACUAGAAAUACAAGCAAAU